AUGUCAGGCGAGGACGGCCCGGGGGCGGGCCCUGGGGCGGCGGCGACGGCAGCCCGCGAGCGGCGGCGGGAGCAGCUGCGGCAGUGGGGGGCGCGGGCGGGCGCCGAGCCGGGCCCCGGGGAGCGGCGCUCCCGCACCGUACGUUUCGAGCGCGCCGCCGAGUUCCUGGCGGCCUGUGCGGGCGGCGACUUGGACGAGGCGCGCCUGAUGCUGCGCGCGGCCGACCCCGACCCCGGCGCCGAGCAGGACCCAGCUGCCCCACCGCCCGCCCGCGCCGUGCUCGACUCCACCAACGCCGAUGGCAUCAGCGCCCUGCACCAGGCCUGUAUCGAUGAGAACCUGGAGGUGGUGCAGUUCCUGGUGGAGCAGGGCGCCACCGUGAACCAGGCGGACAACGAGGGUUGGACGCCCCUGCAUGUGGCUGCCUCCUGUGGUUACCUGGACAUCGCCAGGUACCUCCUGAGCCAUGGGGCCAACAUUGCUGCCGUGAACAGUGAUGGGGACCUGCCCCUGGACCUGGCCGAGUCCGAUGCCAUGGAGGGGCUCCUGAAGGCGGAGAUCGCCCACCGAGGUGUAGAUGUGGAGGCAGCCAAACGGGCCGAGGAGGAAUUGCUGCUUCACGACACAAGGUGCUGGCUGAAUGGGGGUGCCAUGCCUGAGGCCCGGCAUCCCCGCACGGGGGCCUCGGCCCUGCAUGUGGCUGCUGCUAAGGGCUACAUCGAAGUGAUGAGGCUGCUCCUCCAGGCUGGCUAUGACCCUGAGCUCCGGGAUGGGGAUGGCUGGACCCCCCUGCACGCGGCUGCCCAUUGGGGUGUGGAGGACGCCUGCCGUCUGCUGGCCGAGCAUGGUGGGGGCAUGGACUCACUGACCCAUGCGGGGCAGCGUCCCUGUGACCUUGCUGAUGAAGACGUGCUGAGCCUGUUGGAGGAGCUGGCAAGGAAGCAGGAGGACCUGCGGAACCAGAAGGCAGCCUCCCAGAGCAGGGGCCAGGAGCCCCAGGUGCCCUCCAGCAGCAAACACCGAAGGAGCUCCGUGUGUCGUCUGAGCAGCCGAGAGAAGAUCUCCCUCCAGGACCUGUCCAAGGAGCGCCGGCCUGGGGGGACAGGGGGACCCCUCAUCCAGGAUGACGAUGAUGGAGAGGAAGGCCUCACAGAGCAACCCCCUGCAGAAUCUAGAACCCUCAAUGGAGUGUCCUCCCCACCACCCCCUAGCCCUAAGGGCCCCACGAACCCCAAGGAUGCCCCCUUCUCCAGGCGCUUUGGCCUCCAGAAGACGGGCAGUUCUGGUGCCCUGGGCCCCACGGAUAGGUGGGGAUCUGAGGGCACCCCUGGGGCUGGGCUGCAGCGCUCAGCUUCCUCCUCACGGCUGGAGGGAACCUCCACUCAGGCCAAGGAGCCCCGUCUUGCCAGAAUUACCCCCACCCCCUUCCGGAAGGUACUGGAGCCCUCUGCCCUGUGUGAGAGCUCUAGGCCUCCUGCCUUGGAGAACUCCACUCCUCCCUACAGGAUUCCGGAGCCUGACUCCCCAGGAAAGCCAGCUGUCCCAGCAGCUUCUGCAGUACCCACAGUGGACUCCCGGGACCGCCGGAGGUCCUACCAGAUGCCUGUGCGGGAUGAAGAAUCUGAAUCCCAGCGAAAAGCUCGCUCCCGUCUCAUGCGCCAGUCUCGGAGGUCCACACAGGGUGUGACUCUGACAGACCUGAAAGAAGCAGAAAAGGCCGCAGGGAAGGCUCCAGAGCCAGAGAAGUCAUGCCCACAGAGCUUGGACCCUUCCUGGCGGCCCCGAGUUCCUGGGGUGGAGAACUCCGAUGGCCCUGCCCAGAGAGCAGAGGCCCCCGAUGGGCAGGGGCAGGGACCACAGGCCGCCAGGGAGAACCGCAGAGUUGGCAAGGAACGGAGGGGGCCUGCUGAGGGUGAGGAGGCGGAACCCACGGACAUCAGCCCAGAAUCCAGCAUACCUGAGAGCGGCCCCUCGUCACGCAGGCAGCGGGACCUCAACCCAGAACCCCAGCCAGAAUCGGAAGAGCCCGACGGAGGCUUCAGGAAGCUCUACGCAGAGCUGCGCAGUGAGAAUGAGAGACUUCGCGAGGCCCUGACCGAGACCACGCUGCAGCUGGCGCAGCUCAAAGUGGAGCUGGAGCGCGCCACGCAGAGGCAGGAGCGUUUUGCAGAGAGGCCUGCCCUUCUGGAGCUGGAGAGAUUUGAGCGCAGGGCCCUGGAGCGAAAGGCAGCCGAGUUGGAGGAGGAGCUGAAGGCUCUGUCUGACCUCCGGGCUGACAACCAGCGGCUCAAGGAUGAGAACGCGGCCCUGAUCCGCGUCAUCAGCAAACUGUCCAAGUGACUCUGGAGGAUCUGUCCCCACACCCACAUUUAUACAGCUGCUUCUGCCACACGCACCCCUUCCCCUGCGUGAACACGAGUGACAGGGUUCUUGGGGGAGUCUCUGAGAAGCCAUAACCUCCCCUCAGGACUUCCAGACUGGGAGGGGAGGACAGAGUCCCCAGGAGCCAAGGGGGGCCAUCCGAGGCCAGGAUGGAGGUGGGAGGCUGAGCCAGGUAGGGGUUGUCGCUAAGAGGGGACCAGGGCUGGAGGUGGGACCAGGAAGGAACCAUGGACCAGGAAGCUGUAGGACCAGUAGCCAGGAUCAGAGUGGCCACCCGGAGGUCCCCUCUCUCUCACGUGUGAUGCCACCCAGUCACCCCUCCCAUUCCUGAACAGGGAUCCAAGAAUGUGCCAAGAGUCCCGCUGGCCUUGGCCGGGUGGGCCUGUAUAUAGGGUCCAUGUGCAAUAGGGAGGGAUGUCUUCUAUUUUUUGCUGCCCCCUCCCCGCUCACUGUCCGGGGCAGGGGGAGAAGGUAUUUUCGAGACAAAGCACAGGCACCACAAAUAAAAGUCGUGAAGUUGCCACUCAA